UCAGGGAUUGUUAGAGCUCGGAGAGUCUGUGUGGUGGUGGUGGGGGGCACUUUACAAAAGAGUGGGGGGGCAGCGCACAGAAAAGGUAAACAAGGCCUUCAAUCAAUCAGUGGAUGUUUGAAAGCAGAGAAGCGCCGAGAAAAAGCAGGAUGUGAGUGGAGGCUGCCUGCAGGUCAUGAAGGAGGUUAUAAGUAGAGGAGCUGACCUUAGCUGUCGCACGAGCCUGGUCCAGACCCAUCUGUCAGACCUCUCCUCCUGUUUUUUCCUCAUCGAUUGCCCUCCUUCUUGCCUCCUGCCUGAUCGCUCCCCUUUCCUCUGCGGAGCCAUGCAUCCACAGCGUCCUCUUCCGCAAGCCAUGCCCUCCUCCUCCCUGGGACAGCACCUGCGGGACAUGGCCAUGGGUCUGGGACGGGGCAAGAACUUCCUGGGAGGAAACUUUGCCUACAGUUUCAUCCAGUCGGUGAAGGAGUGCCUCUAUUUCCUUCUCUGCUGCUGGUGCAUUAAAGAGAUCCUGGACUGACAGACUGCAAGAGAGUAGAUCAAGCGGUGAACCAUUGAUUUUUCCCCCCCGUUCAUUGGCUCCUGUCGUGUAAUUUAAACCAUCUUUUAUUUCAUCAGAAAUGGAGUGUUUGAUCAGCGAAGCAUUGGCAAGUAUGAAUUUUGUCUCAUAUGCAGAUAGCGAAAAGAAAUCUCUAAUAUACACUGGGUUUAAUAAUAAGUUUAAUUUGAAGCACGAACAAAGAACAACUUUUUU